AUGUUCUACUCGGACGUCAUCCUGUCCAAGCGCGGGCCACUAGGCAAGGUCUGGCUGGCAGCUCACUUUGAGCGAAAGCUCAACAAGACGGCUUUCCUGCAGACGAGUAUUCAGAAUAGUGUUUCUGCCAUUGUCGAGCCUAGAGCCGGACCUCUCGCACUGCGGCUCAGUGGACAGCUUCUCCUCGGAGUGGUACGCAUUUACUCGCGCAAAGCAAAGUAUCUCCUCGACGACUGUACAGAUGCGCUCCUCAAGAUCAAGAUGGCCUUCCGAGCGGGAGCGGUCGACAUGACUUCAGACCAAGCGACCGUCUCCGCCAAUCAAAUCACCCUUCCCUCAGCACAGACCGACAUCAACAUCCUCCUUCCCGACGCCGGGCUGGAGAAUUGGGAUGCUGAACUGCUACGUCGCUCCUCGACUGCUGCGCGCACCCCAUCCAAGUCGCGCGGUCGUACCAGCGCUACACCGGGGAGCAGUGGUGGGCGAGGUGGUGGCCAUCUGGCUAGGCAAGCGGACAUCACCCUUCCCCAGGCAAGGUACGACGACUUCAUCGAUGACUCGGGAAGCCUGGACCUCCUGUCCAGCGGCAUGGGCAUUGGGACUGGUGACUUUGAUCCGGAUGGUGGGCUCGACUUGGGUCUCGACCUCGGUGGGGACACGGCGCCUGCUCCGACGGGCGGUCGUCGCGACUCGCAGGGACGUCUCCUCGAUGCAAACGGGGACGUGGUGCGAGAGGACACGAGCGACCUCUCUUCGAUCGGCGUAGGGCGUGAUGCCGCAGGGGAGCGCGAACAAAGCUUGGGCUCCCUCUUUGGUCGUCUGGGCGAGGACGACGCUGGUGCUGGUAUGGACUUUGGCGGCGGGCAUGAGCCUUCCCUCGACCUUGGUUUGGGCCUCGACGAUGCAGCCAUGCCCCCUCCCGCAGAUGCCUCCCUCUCUUUCGACGAAAUGACUCCCCGUACAAAGGAGCAGGUCACAGCAGCGGCGGAGCGUCGUGCUGCGGAUGCGGCAGCAAAGGCGGCAAAGGAAGGGCGUAAGCAGCUCAUCGACCGCGUGACCGAGCUGGACGAAGGAGCUUCACAGGGUACAGGCACGCAAGGGAGCGCAUUGGGCAAGCGUAAUGUAGACGGCAUCGUCCUGGCGGCGGACGAGGCACAACAGCAGUACCUCCCUCGCUCGCGAGCCUACGCUGGCCUGCUGGACAUGUACAAUGACCCCUCGACCCUUUUUUCGGGCGGCAAGGAUGCGCAUGCCCUCAACUUGCUCGCUGGCUCAGACUUGGGACUCGCUCCAGAGCUCUCCAGCCUCUUUGUCGUUGACCUCGAGUCACACCGCGCAGCGAAGCGUGCGAGGCGUCUGAGAGAGAUGGCGGAGGAUGAUCCGAGCAUGGAGGUGGGUCGACGUGCUCCUACAGCAGAGGAGGAGGGACGGUUCGGCUUCGGCGCCGAAGGGGAGGACACGACGUUGGGCGGGCUCGGUGGAGAGGGGGCGGGCUUCGAUAUGCCAAUGAUGGACGAUGCGCCAUUCGGUCUCGACGUGACUGGGGAUGAGGCCUCGGGCUUGCGCAGGUCGGAGCGUCAGAAGGCCCAACCUGCUACUGGCGCAGAUGAGACCCUGACUGGACGACCGGCAGACGUCACUGCCGUGGGUGACCUCCCUCCACUGAGCCGCUUGGGUACACCAUCCAACCUCGACGACCUAGAUGCGGCGGACAGUCUGACCCCUACGUCCAGCAAACUCCUCGCAGCCUUCGAGGCCCGUCCGGCCGACGCUGAGGCUCAGACUCCCCUCGCUGCCGCAGCAGCCGCAGAGGAGGCCUCGUCGACUCGUGCAGCGACGGCGCAAGGAUGGAGCAAGAAUACGGUUCGCGCUCAACGCGUCAUUCGCUCGCAGCUGGAACGCAGCGCUGAGGGCAGGGAGAGGGCCACGUUGAGUGUCGAUGAGGUGAGCAAAAAUGCUAGUCGAAGAGCAGCGGCGGGUUUCUUCUUUGAGCUGCUCGUCUUGGGGACGAAGGACCAGGUGGUAUUGGAACAGGACGAGGCGUAUGGCGAUGUGAGGGUCAGAGGGAAGGAGGGGUUGUGGGCGUAA